AAUCUGAAGAAGCACACUCUCCUGGGGUCGGUGAAGGAUCCCAAGAUGGCUGGGCACAAACUUGCUCUAAAAACCAUUGACUGGGUAGCUUUUGGGGAGAUCAUUCCCCAAAACCAAAAGACUAUUGCUAACUCCCUGAAGUCCUGGAAUGAGACCCUCACCUCCAGGUUGGCUACUCUGCCUGAGAAACCACCAGCUAUUGACUGGGCUUACUAUAGCAAUGUUGCCAAGGCGGGCUUGGUGGAUGACUUUGAAAAGAAGUUUAAUGCCCUAAAGAUUCCUUUGCUAGAGGAUAAAUAUAUUGCACAGGAUGCUGAAGAAAAGGAAGAUGUAAAAAGUUGUGCUGAGUUUGUGUCUCUCUCAAAGGCCAGGAUUAAAGAAUAUGAGAAACAGCUGGAGAAAAUGAAGAACAUAAUUCCAUUUGAUCAGAUGACCAUUAAGGACUUAAAUGAAGUCUUCCCAGAAACCAAAUUAGACAAGAAGAAAUAUCCCUAUUGGCCUCACCAGCCCAUUGAGAAUUUGUAAAAAACUUGAAUCCAA